GCGCAUUUCUCGAUAAUUACUUUUGAGAGUAAUAAACCAUUUAGAGAGGAAAAUGAGACCAGUAUGUGUUUGUACAAGUCCGUUACUAAGGAAAUAGUACAACAUAUAACGUGGCAGUUUGUCAUUCUCUUCAGAUCUAUUCCUCUUUUCGGGUGCCUAAUAUUACUGACUUUUGAUUUUGCACCUUUAAAGGAAAGGCAAAGAAUAACACGCCUAUAGUAACGACUCCGGAGAGGAACAUGUCUUUUUUAAACAGAAGCGUUUCCCCUGGGCAACGAUCGAACUCGCCUAUGGCGUCUAAUUGUGAAACAGAACUUCAAGAAAACCAUCUUACCGAAGCAGAAGAUAAGCUCUUCCUUACCCAAAAGGAAACUGAAGCGACCACUGACGGUCAAGAGCAACUGAAUGCUAUUUCAAACGGGAAUAUGGGCAAUGGUAGUGGUUUGCUGCAAACUGCUGACGAGAAGAGCGAUGCCAGCCAAGGUCCGAGAUUGUAUCAUGUGGCCCUGCUGGCUAUAUGUUUUCUCUCAGUAGUUUCUCUUGCGCUCACCUUGCUGAUGUUGUUUGGUGUACUUCACGUUGGUUCACCGCAAUGUUCCUGCUCUGGAGAAACAGGUAUUUGCAGAUUUACAAGAUUUUUGAUUCUAAAUUUUAAUUCAUAUCUUCAAAUUUAUCGUGCGUUAGAUGCGCUUCUAUUUUGGAUCAAUUUUCGUUGCGAAAGCGAGUUUCAGCCUAUGGAAAACCACACAUACUUCGCCUGGUAAGGUAGACAAACGUAAAAGUUGGCAAGAGCAAGAAAUCCAAAGAAGAUCGAGGUUGAAAAAGUACGGACAAGCCUGUGACGCACUGCAGAUGAUUAGCUCAUCAAAUUUACGCCCAAAUCGUGAAGAAGCCUCUUUUAUUAUCAUUAUCAUUACUAUUAUUUUUAAUUACUAUUAUUAUUAUUAUUGUUAGAGACCUUCGAGUCAUUGAUAAGAACAAACAGGAAAGGAUCUCUAGACCCUUCCCUGAUAAUUGCCUUCAAAGGCGUUUUUUUUUGUGUUUGUUUAUAACGGUACACCAACACACUUCUAUCUUCAGACGUGACUUAAGUAACCUAGCGUAGUGCAUCAAAACAGCAUUGAACAACAAUUGUUAAACUUGCUCCGCAGCCCUAGGUGCGAUACCUAUAUACAUAACUAGGCACAAAGAUGCAUCUUAGCACGCCUCGCGAGAAUCAUGAAUACCUUUAUUGACAGCGAUAUUAUCUUUAUUCACAAAAAUCAUCCCCUCUUCCCGGGCUUUGAAAUGUGUGCGAUGAAUAGGGUUCUUUUUUUGGGGGGGGGUUCGUUUUUUUGUUUUUCUUGGAUUCAAUUUAAGUCUCGAAAAAAACUCCCCGAUGUUAUUGAAAGCAUGUAAAAGUCAUUAACGUAUAAGAUGAUCAGGAAAGUCUCACCAAUUUGAUUUAAGAUCAUCCUUCUCCCUGCGGGUCGAUUCUUGACCUCCAGGGUCAAUCAUAAUAGCGAAAUUACAUUCACUGUUACCCGUUCAGACUGAAACAUUUAACCUAUAGAAAAAAAAGGGUCUUUUUGUGGCUUAUCUACAGUUUUUCCUUGAGACGAAAAGACCCCAAGGACUUAUGCCCUGGGUUUAUUAAAGAAUUUUUCUGUUGCGCUACUUUCUAAAUGAAAAAUCGACCGCAUUGUUUCAUCGUUUUAUAACUAUUGAGAAUCGAAAGAUGUGAAAAAUGUUCAAACACCGCAUUAGAGCAUUAGGGGAGUAAGCGGUAAACAUAAUCCGGAAAAGCCGAAAAUAUUGAAUACCCUAAAUUUUUCGUGGUAAUCAAAUUUGAAAAACCAACGAAGCCUAUUUUUACAUAGUAAUUAUUUUCAAAAAAAUCCUUGGAUCUUAAAAUGUUUUGGAACAUCCAGGUUUUAAUUUCUAUAUCCUAAUAAGUGAGUUGCCAGUAAUCGAUCCUAGUGUUUGCACAAGGAUUUCUGCGAUCGCCACAGGGCAAACAUUGUGUCGAGAUCCAAAAAAAUCACAUCACUGAAGUGAUUUAACACUUAAGUUGCUUAUUUAUUGUGAUCGACGAGAAUGAAUCAGCGUUGAAAAUCAUUUCUUAAUUAAACCUUGUCUUCUGAGACGAUGAAUAGGUACAAAUGCACUACAGGAAAUAUGUCCACAGUUUCUGCCCGAGCUCCCGUGAUCUUACUGUUCCUGAUCAUAUCCUCCCAGGAGUCCCAGGAGUAGAGUGGCAGUUCAAAUACCUUUAUAUGUAUUUGAACUGCCACGACAUGCAUUAGAUAUAUGUUUCUCGUGGUGUAUUUUAUUCUUCCGAAGAGCAACGGCUCGGUAUACGUAAAAACAAUUCCAUUUCCACCGAUAAGGACUUCUCUCCUUUGAGGAGAUAUAUUUUCAGACGCCGUAAUUUGUUGAUUAAAACUGUAAAAAAGUACGGAAGCAGGCUUUACCCACACAAAUCCAAUUGAAAAGACUUUAUUAUUAUUAUUAUUAUUAUUAUUAUUAUUAUUAUUAUCAUUAUUUAAAUCUCCAGCCAUCGUGUAUUUAUGCAUCCACUCAUUUAUUAAUGUUUUUCUUUCAUCUAUUCAUGCAGAAAUAUCAGAACUUAAGAAGAAUCAACAAGAGCUGAAAAGGAACCUCACGGCUUUGAGAGAACCGGUAAGUCAAAAUUAUUCGCUAUUAAUUAGGGAAGAAAAUUCAGUGAUAGAAAUCGCAUCACGAGAUACAUCCACUACUGCUGGAAACUGAAAAAAAACCUCAAGUAGUGGGAAUUUAGAUUUUCUAUAAUCAAUACAACCCGCCAUAUGAUAUCAACCAUGAUUCUUAUCAUGCCAUUUCAGUUGUAGUUGGGUUCCGUGGGCUCAAAGAUAAAUAGCUCAAGAAAACUGCCUAGUAAGUUGACUGUUGUAAAAUGUGUCCCUUUUUUCUGCUCGCGUCCAUCCAAUUUUUUUUCGGUUUUUUGAAGGGUAGAAGGUGCAUAAAAUUUCUCUGCUCGACUCUUGUUUAAUUCCUCGCAUUUCAUGUUUUCGCUUUCGUUUCAUCUCUUUCCGUCUCAUGAUAUAUUUUAUAUUGAAAACGAAUACUUUCCUUUAAACUUUAGUCAGGAACCUAUUUCUAUUCGUUGUUACGUCAGGUUUCAAAGAGGAUUCUAGAGAAUAACAUUGCUGAGGUGAGUUUUUUCUUUCAGUGUUUGUUUAUAGUCGUGAACUUCUGGUUUUUUUUUUUUUUUUUGAGUAAGGGGGGGGGCUGGGGGUAGCGUUAUUAGAAAAGAAAGUAUUUGUGUGCUUGGCAUUCGAAUAACAAAACAGUUAAAAAGCGUAUAUUGUUCAAAUUUGAUUCUACUUUUUCAUUGCAGAUUAAAAAGGAGUUCCUGAAUGUUAAAAACAAAGUAAGUUUACUCUGAAUAUCCUUGGCAAUUCAACAAACAUAUUUUUUAAUUAUCUUCCUUGAUAUUUAUUAAUUGAAUUCCUUAUUCAUCGAUCCUAGAGCCCUUAUUUGCAUCAGUUCUUAAACAUUUAGUAUAUUUAGUCAUUCUUAUAUGUAUUACUAACUUUUUGUAUUCCUUGUAUUCAAUUUUUCCGUUUCUCAUGUGAAAGAUUACACAUCAAAGCAAAUCUAGUUCUCGAAUUUCUUAUAUUUCUUGUAGUAAGUGUACAUGCUAAAUUUAACUCACUUGAAUCAAAUAGUGCAAUCUUAUUUCGACACAAUCAAAGAGUGUUAUCUUAUUACGACACAGUCUCUUUGUGUAAACUUUUUUUAUUCAUUAUUGUGACAGGUUUCAAAAGGUUUAGAGAAUCUGGAGAAUAACAUUACCGAGGUGAGUUUUUCCGUCAGUGUUUUCAAUAUAGUCAUGGUAAAGAAAGAAAGAUUACGCAUCAACAAAGAUCCAUUUCUUAAAUUUUUGACCGUUCUUGUAGUACGUGUACACGCCAAAUUAAACUCUUUUUUUUUUUUCCACAUUUUUUAUUGCCAUUUUGAAAAUAAAAAAAGUGUUUACAAGACUCUCAGUAUACUCUAUUUACAUUUGUAAGCUAUUAUUAAUUAUAAAUUACAUUUAUAUUUUGAAACAAUUCUAUAAUUAUAUUUGUAAACUAUUAUUUAUUACAAAUAAGUGCCAUCUAUAUAAUAACCACUUAGCUGCGUAUUUUUUUUAACAGCAAUGUAUUUCUCAGUUCUAUAUUUGACGUCUACUUGUUUUAAGAAAACUUCACAUUCUGGAAUUUUAUUUUGUUUUCGACUUUGCCAUAUAUGCAAUUUUGCAAGAGUUAUAAGAUAAUUCAAUAACUCACAUUUUUCUAAUUUACCGAAAUUUACUUAAUUUACGCCAAAUUAAACUCACUUGAAUCAAAUAGUGUAUAAUCUUAUUACGACACAUGUACAGUCUCUUUUUGUAAACCUUUUCAAUUAUUAUUCUGACAGGUUUCAAAAGGCUUAGAGAAUCUGGAGAAUAACUUUACCGAGGUGAGAUUUUCCUUCAGUGUUUUCAAUGUAGUCUUAUAGUAAAGAAAGAAAGAUUACAUAUCAACAAAGAUCCAUUUCUUGAACUUCUUCUUAUUUCUUGUAGGACGUGUACACGCCAAAUUUAUCUCACUUGAAUCAAAUAGUGCAAUCUUAUAACGACACAGUCUGUUCAUGCAAUAUAUUUAUUUAUUAUUGUGACAGGUUUCAAAAGGUUUAGAGAAUCUGGAGAAUAACUUUACUGAGGUGAGUUUUUCCUUCAGUGUUUUCAAUAUUGUCUUAUAGUAAGGAAAGAAAGAUUACACAUCAACAAAGAUCCAUUUCUUGAAUUUCUGACCGUUCUUGUAGUACGUGUACACGCCAAAUUAAACUCAAUUGAAUCAAAUAGUGUAAUCUCAUUACGACACAAUCUCUUUAUGUAAACCUUUUCAAUUGUUAUUCUGACAGGUUUCAAAAGGUUUAGAGAAUCUGGAGAAUAACUUUACCGAGGUGAGAUUUUCCUUCAGUGUUUUCAAUAUAGUCUAGACAGAAAGAAGAACGACUUCAAAUCAAAAAAAAUUAUUUCUGGAAUUUGUUUCAUUUCUUGUAGGACGUGUACACGCCAAAUUUAUCUCACUUGAAUCAAAUAGUGCAAUCUUAUUACGAUACAAUCAAAUAGUGCAAUCUUAUUACGAUACAAUCAAAUAGUGCAAUCUUAUUACGAUACAAUCAAAUAGUGCAAUCUUAUGACGACACAGUCUCUUUAUGCAAUAUUUAUUCAUUAUUGUGACAGGUUUCAAAAGGUUUAGAGAAUCUGGAGAAUAACUUUACCGAGGUGAGUUUUUCCCUCAGUGUUUUCAAUAUAGUCUUAUACUAAAGAAAGAAAGAUUACACAUAGGCAAGAUCCACUUCCUGAAUUUCUUACAUUUCUUGUAGUACGUGUACACGCCAAAUUAAACUCACUUGAAUUAAAUAGUGCAAUCUUAUUGCGACACAAAUUGUGUUAUCUUAUUACGACACAGUCUCUUCAUGUAAACCUUUUUAUUCAUUAUUGUGACAGGUUUCAAAAGGUUUAGGGAAUCUGGAGAAAAACGUUACAAAGGCAAGUUUUUUUUUUCUGUAUAUUCAUCUCCUUGUAUAUCUCUGUUUCUUAGAGUUAUGGACAGCGAUAUCAGAAUGCAGCUAUUCGCGUGUUUGGUCUGAGAAUUACAACCCAAUCAUUACAGCUGUUUGGUUUAAUAACAGUUCUUGUCUCUUUGGUAUCAGUGAAAUCAUCGCUUCCUCUUCUUGGAAGAGGAAGUGGUGAUUUCGUUCUUCUUGUCAAAACAGAAAAUCUUGUUUUUCGUAGAUCACAUGCCCACUGGAAUUCAAUAGCACUAAGGGUGAUAUUGGACCUGCCGGACCUGCUGGACCUGCCGGACCUCCAGGAUAUAAUGGUACUCAGGGCCCUCGUGGACCAUCCGGUUACAAUGGUACCCAGGGACUACCUGGACCUGGAGUCAGUUCCUGUGUUUACAAGAUUGCAAGCAGCCCGGGUAUGUCACCAGGUUCGGCCGCUAGGCAAGAAGUGAAAAUGAAGGAACCAAACGUAAGUUUAGAGAUGAACCCUAUAUUGGGUACAGAAGAAAGAAUAAAUCAUUUUGGUUUGAAUUUUAUUACGAACGGUACUGGUAGAAGUUCUUUAAAAUUCAUGAAAAGAACUAAAGAAUCCUUCAAACUUUCAAAGAUUGAACUUAAGAAAAUAACAUGGAGAAAAUUUUCUAAAUUUUCUCCACUGUUACAGUAUAAUUUAAAUAAACUUAACUUUCAGAAAUACAACUAUUUUAUUAAACAACACGUCCUGAGUUAAUUCCUACGCAGAAGCGACUCUGAAAAGCAACGCUAACAAUAAUCAUCGUCUAAAAACGAUCUUAAGCGCACUGCAGACUAUACUUCAGCUUACCUUUGACACACAAACUCGCCGUGACUAGACUGACUCGGCUUUCUAGAAAAUAAUGUUCUACAGUCACUUCUUGCACCGACAAAUUCAAUAAUAUUUAAUUGCCAUUGCUCUAUUUGACAAUUUCGAAAUCGUUUCAGCGUUUAGUUUCGCAAGGCAAAAAAUUAGAACGCCACCUCUUUGGCGAGCUUUUGCCGUCGGCUUUCUCACAACAUAAAUAAUGCUAUAUGUACUUUAGCCUAUUUGCAUACAGGAAAUGUUUUAGCUUGUCACAUUCGAACUCUUGACGCCAUUUAUAAUUAUCAUUAAUAUCAUCAUUGUAGUCAUUAUCAUUUCUUUUUUUUUUAGCAGAAUACUACCUUCAUUGGUGUAAACUGUGAUACAAAUGACGCAAAAUUUGUUAAAUUAUCAAGCACCAAGUCAGGUGGCAAGAGAACCUACAAGUGCUUUUGCGAAGGUACCCUUUCAAUAGGGGUGUCAGAUCUGUAUUGCUACAUGCACUACUGGGAGUGUCAGUCCUAAAUAGGAAAACUUUAAGCCAUUCUUCGAAACAGGGCCAUUUUAAAGACAAUAAUAGACUGUUUUAUCAGAAACAAGAUGAAGAGCAAUUUAGGUAGUUUAAAAUGAGUGCUGCAAUAUUAACAACUGCCCUAAUUGUUUUCAAAUGUGUCUAGUAACAGAAAAAGGCAAAUAAUGAUUUCACCAAAUCAUAUUGUUAUGGAUAUCGAUGGCUUAUUUCAGACUUAGUCUUUUGGCAUCAUGGAAAGUAACAGAGUUAGAAGUGCGGUCAUCUUAUUUCAUUCAAUUAACGUUUAUUCAUGAUCUUUUCUUAAGCUUUAUUAGAAUCCAACAUUUUACGAGACGAGCCGAUGAAUUUUCCACGAACAGUAAAAAUAAUUUAAUUUUGCCAGAAUGUUUUUUUUUGCGACCUCAACCGCUUAGCCGCAGUUUUUAUAUAUUCCUCUCUAGGGUUGAUUCCAAGAGAGUGUGUGUUCUGUCUAUCUGUAACUGAGAGAAAUAGAUUUUGUACUGAAAUAAAAAAAAUAAAAAAAAAUUGAUUGUUAUAUGACAGGAUCAAACCGGGAAGAUAUAGAUGAAGGUUAACAGCAACUUUUACCUCUAGAUUAGACUAGUUCCAUUUACUUCAAAUGAAAAUCUCGUAACACAGGUAAGCAGAUUCAGUGCUUUCCUUAUUCUGGUACCUUUGCUUUACGGUUUCAUUAUGAGUAGAAGAAAACCGUCCAAAAUUGGGCCACAGCGAAAUGCAUUCUUCGCCAUAAAGCUGUCGGGGCACAGUGAUUUACCAGAGAGGGUUUUGGAAUGGUUUUCCCAGUCCUCUGCCCGAUCAAACGAAACCUUUAUUCUAGCAAAUGAUUAGUAUUCGUGGCACAUUACCUAAAGGAUUACUAGCCCUUCUCGUCCUCAUUUCGAACAAAUAUCUAAUUUUCAGGGGUGCGGUUCGAUUGACCAUGCCAUUUGUUAAGCAGGAUUCUCUCUUGAGGAGUUAAUAAAAUGCUGAACCAGAAGCGAGACGAAGAGCAUUUUGCUGUUUUAAAUAAGUUUACCAAUCAAUUGCCCGCCAUGUCAUAUUUUGUGUUGUUGGUGCGUUGCCUUUUCCGAAUUUGCCAAGUGACGGUGGGGGACAUGUUAUGCUUGUCGCAUUCAUGUAUGUUGCAAAUAUUGGCAAAAAGAGAAUCAACGCUACAUUGCUAAAUAUACUACUGGGAGUGUUAGUUCUAAGAAGUAAACGUAAAAAACGUAAAACUUCGCUUAACAUGAUUCUUUGUAUCGAAGAUGAUGGGGUUGUAAAAUCAGAGGCCACGGAAAAACAGAUUUUGAACUGACCUGUAUGUUACACUGUUUUACAAAUUGGCCAUAUUAUUAUAAACGCUGACGUUUAUGCAUGCAUAGCUAUUAAUUUUUUCAAAUAUGCACAAUUGUUGUAAUACGCAAAUCUAUAAAUCGUUUGUUCAAAGGCGUUCAGGACAUCAACAAAGUUAAAAUUGCAAUCAUUAUCCCGUAAUUGUAAUUAUUAUCCCAUCGGCCGC